AUGUCACUUGUUGCCACAUUUUCUUCACUUCCAAAAACAAUUCGAGGAUUUUCAACACAAUUAACAACAACUCCAAAUGGCGAAUCAGUUGUAUAUUGCAAUGGAAACUCAGUUUAUAUAGUUAAUAUUGAGGUGAACCGAAUUUUAUGAUGUUUUCAAAACAAAAUAACUUUUUUUGUAGAAUUCCACAGUAUCUGAUAUCUACACAGAACAUCCAGUUCCAACAACAAUUGCUAAAUUCAGUCCAUCCGGUUAUUAUUGUGUAUCUGGAGAUCAAAAUGGUAAUGUUCGAAUCUGGGAUACAACUCAAACUACACACAUUUUAAAAGCAACUUAUCAAGUGUUUUCUGGGAGUAUUCGAGAUAUUUCAUGGAGUGAAGAUAGUAAAAGAUUGGCUGUUGUUGGAGAAGGAAAAGAGAGAUUUGGACAUGUAUUUUUAUUUGAUACUGGAACAUCUAAUGGUAAUUUAUCUGGACCAACAAGACCUGUGAAUUCAGUUGAUUUCAAACCAACUCGGCCAUAUCGAUUGAUAACAGGUUCUGAAGAUAAUACUGUUGCAAUAUUUGAUGGACCACCGUUCAAAUUCAGAACAGUAAGCAUUAUCUCUUAAAUAUUUCACUAUCCAUUUUUUUGCAGAUCCUCAACAAUCACACUCGUUUUGUUCUUGUCACUCGUUUUAAUCCUUCUGGAACUCUUUAUGCUUCAGCUGGUUCAGAUGGAAAAGUAUUUAUUUAUUCGAGUCAAAAUGAUAGUGUAAUCGGUGAACUUAUUGAUUCGAAAAAUGUUGCGCAUUUGGGAAGUGUUUUCGGUUUAACAUGGUCUUUUGAUGGUGAAAAUAUUGCAACUGCAAGUGGAGAUAAAACUGUGAAAAUAUGGAGUGGAAAAGAUUUCAAACUAUUGAGGUAUCUCUUCCGAGUUCGUCAUAACUUUUCAAAGAAAAAUAUCGUCAUAUUUUUCAGAACUAUCAACUUUGGUUCGUCAAUCGAUGAUCAACAGUUAGGAAUUGUGUGGACUUCAAAAUAUUUGAUGUCUGUCUCCUUAUCCGGAUUUUUGAAUAAAAUUGAUCCAGUUUCUGGGAAAAUUCUUGAGGUUUCCUUCCUUUUCUUCGAAAAUUCCCAUGUAACUGAAAUAAUUUCAGAGCCGCCAAGGACAUAAUAAACCAAUAACUGCAAUGAGUUUGGGAAGAGAUGGUUGCUCCAUUUUUACAUCAGAUAGUAUGGGAAAUACAAGUAAGCUUUUCCUUAUUUGUUUUUCUGUUUAAAUAAAAUGAUUUCAGGUAAAUUCGAUUUUUUGACUGGAAAAUCUACACGGCUUGAUUUCCAAUCGCAUAAAUCACAAAUUGUCGGAAUUCAACAAUUAAAAAAUGGUGGAUUAAUUACAGUUGGUUGGGAUGAUAUGAUGAAUGUGACAAAUUCGAAUGGAAUAACAAAUUCAUUUUGUCUUCCAUCACAACCAACAGAUAUUCAAAUAUCUUCAGAUGAUGGUUUCACAUUAGUUUCUUGUUAUAAUCAUGUUAUGUUAAAAGGUCAAUCAAAACCAAUCGAUUAUCAUUCGACUUGUUGUUCGAUUUCUCCAAUAUCCGAUUUGAUUGCAAUCGGAGCGCAAGAUUCAAAAGUUCGAAUUUAUAACAGAAAAUUUGAAAUCAUUCAAAUCUUGCAACAACCAAAUUCAUCUCAAAUAACGGAUGUUUCUUUUUCUCCAAAUGGCAAUUAUUUAGCUGUAACUGAUAAUCAAAGAAGAGUUAUUGUAUAUUCAAUCGCUCAAAAUUUCAAUAUUAUUUUGAAUCGAGUAAAUCAUUUGGGGAAAGUUAAUUGUGUUUCGUGGUCUCCAAAUAAUUCGAGAAUUGCGACUGGCGGAUUAGAUAAUUCGAUUAUUAUUUGGAAUGUUAAAUAUGGCGAUGAAGAACCUAUUUUGAUAAAAGGCAAGUUCCAUUGACAAAAUUGAAAAUAAAACAUUGUUUAUUGUUUUAGCCGCCCACAAAAUGUCAUCAAUCAAUAAAAUUGUGUGGAUUGAUGAUAAUCAAAUCGCUUCUGCUGGUCAAGAUUCAAAUCUCAAAAUCUGGUCUGUUUAA